CUGCUCCGUGGACCGUGGCAAUGGGGCCAGAAGCGCACAUGGUCUACCGUCCAUCCAAUUUCUUCGCCUUGUAUAUAAAGUCCCGCUGACCUUGUCUCUGUCGCUCUCUCGCCAAGAAAAUAAUUCCAUUUUCUUUCUCGCUUUAUUUUCGGUUCGCUUUUGCAUGGCACUGUCACUUGCUCCGGCAAGGUCGGGGUGACUAUCCUCUCCAUCUUGUCUGUGUAAGAAACCCCAGGCUUGAGAAGGUGGUGUGUUGGAAAGAGAUCAUGGCUGGGAGUGAUGGCUGGGAUGCAGGGAAGAUGUUUGAGUUGUAUUUGCAUGAUUAUAUGGUGAAAAGGAAAAUGCACAAGACUGCUGCAAUUUUCAGAAAUGAGGCCAAUGUUGGCGACACUCAAGUUGUGGUUGAUUCCACCGAAGGAUUCCUGCAUGAAUGGUGGUCGCCGUUUUAUGACACAUAUGCCUCUAGGCAACUGAAGUAUCAGCCAGCCAAGGAAGGGGCCCCUAUUCAGAGAACCCCCCCUUCAACAAUCCCACAGGUACCGAUGAAUCGGCACUGGCCCGGACCUUUACCUGUUAUUGCUGACCAUGCUGACCAUGUCAAAUUUGGGGCACCAUCUGCUUGCAUUUUGGCUCGAAAAAUGUAUGAGGAAGACUGUCUUAGACAUCAUACUGCAACCUUUAAUCCCAAUUUGGGUCCACUUGAUGUGAAUAAACCGAGUUUCCCAAUGUCAGCUGCAAUCGGUUCAAGCCAUCCACAGCAACAAACUCUUAAGCGGGCUCAAAUUCAGGACAUUAGCAUGGAGAAAACUACACCUAUGGACUCCAUGCUGUAUGGAAUACCAGAAGCCGAACUCCCAAUAACUGGGCCAUAUGAUGCAGUCUUUGUAGGGAUGAAUCAAGGAAUCAAUUCUGCACCACUGAACGGAUGGCCUUUAACUGUAGCAAAUUCUCAGAAACAAUUUCAGAUGUUGACACUAGAAUGUUAUCAACCACCUUUGGCUCAAGUACUGUCAAGUACACAUGGAAAACAGGCAUCCACUUUUCCGGGAAGCCCUGUCAAUUUUGGUAGUCCAAAUCUGAUGCUUCCCAGCAUAGAAUCCUCUAUGAAGAAUGGGCAGACGAUGGUCCAAAUGAAGCGAACUUUGGAGAACCAGUUCCAACAUGACGAACUAGAGCAUCAGCAGUUGCUAGAAAAUGGCAGAAAGAGGAAUACAAAGCCAUACUCAAGAGCUCAAGACCAUGCCUUGGAUUUUAAAAACACUGAAGGUAAACCUGUGGAAAAUGUUGAAUCUUUCUUGCCCCAUAAUGAUCAAAGUUCUGAAUCUUCUGAUAGUACAAGCACUCCUUUUGGAAGUUCAAAACAUCGUUCUGUUGCUUGCAUUAAAGAUGGGUAUAACGGCUUCACUUUUGAAGAGGUUAUUACCCUCCAAUGCAGCAACGGCUUGUCGUGCUGCCACUUUUCAUCAGAUGGAGAGUUGUUAGCUAGUGCAGGGAAUAUAAGAAAGGUUAUGAUUUGGGACAUGGAAACUUAUGGUUCCAUUAGUACUUCAAAAGGGCAUACUUUUCUCAUCACAGAUCUUCGGUUUAGACCAAGUUCAACUCUUUUUGCUACUUCUUCCGUUGAUAGAACAGUGAGAAUAUGGGAUGCAGCAAGACCAAACAAAUCAUUGUACAAGCUUCUUGGGCAUGCUCAACAAGUAAUGUCACUGGAUUUCCACCCACAAAAGCUAGACCUCCUUUGCUCUUGUGAUCUAAACAAUGAGAUUCGACUGUGGAAUAUCAACAACCAUUCUUGCACACGCGUCUCUAAGGGAGCUACUAAACAAGUCAGAUUCCAGCCACAAUUUGGAAAGAUUUUGGCCACUGUUGCAAGAAACAUUAUCAAUUUAAUUGAUGUAGAGACUGAUAGCCUCCAGUUCUACUUGAAGGGACAUGUCAAAGAUAUUCUUUCAAUUUGUUGGGAUACUAGUGGGAAGUAUAUUGCCUCUGUUAGUGAAGACAGUGCACGAGUUUGGUCGGCUAUUUCAGGCGGUAAAUGCAUAAAUGAACUUAGUUCGAAUGGCAAGAAAUUCCGGUCAUGCACAUUUCAUCCGGGAUAUUCACAGCUCCUUAUCAUUGGUGGCGAUCGGUCUCUGGAGUUGUGGGAUCCAACUGAGAACAAUAAAACAUGUUCAGUUCCAGCUCAUGAUGGGUUAAUUGCUGCACUAGUAGAUUCACCGCAGACUGGAAUGGUUGCCUCCACAUGUCGUGACGACUGUGUGAAGUUGUGGAAAUGAGACUUAUCAGUGUGCACAUGGCGGUGCACCCCACCCCAUCUGAAAAUGCGCAGGUUUUGUAAAGUGGUUGAUAGUUCCAGUUACAUUUCGUGGUUCAGUAUAGAGGCAAAAUUCGCAAAACAGUCCCGAGUCAAUCGCCAAGUGACAGUUAAAGAUAAACCUUCUUAUUUUAGAAGAAACAGUUCAAAAGGAUGCAUAUACUUGUUUUCAAUCUAUCCAGCUACAGUUUUUUUUAUUUUUAUUUUUUUAUUACAGCAUAGAGCACUGCCUCAUUUUGCUUUCAGAUUGUUUCUAUAACGAGUUCCAAGUUGCAAUGCUACACCAAGUGAUACAUUGCUUGAUUUACUUGGGUCUUGUUGGAAACUGCACAUAAUUUAGAAUUCUUUUCAAGUAAUUGAUAUUCUUUAUUUUAAA